ACUUUGCAACAUUACUCUUUAACCUGUGUGACCUCUAGCAAAAGCAUCAACUGGGAAGACCUUGGCGGGUUUUGGUUAGAAUCUACUAUGGAAAGAGUAAUUAUCUUUUUUCUCUUCAGCAUUUUUAUGCUAGUAAGCGGAGACGCUGAGACCCAGGAAUUAAAUGCGAUAUUUGAUGAUCUAGAGAAGCAACUGAAUUACAAGCAAGAAUUUGUCUCGCUGAUCAAAGACGUUAAAGAUGAAGUCACAAAAUCACCAACCAUCACAACUCGAACACUAGGCAUGGCAAAAGCCCUGAACUUGGCUGUCCCUAAAUUGAUUAGCUCCAGCAGUACAGAGAUUGCACGUGGAAUUUUCGAGGUUGUGGCAGGAAUAGCAGAGAAUCUUCCGUUUGGCCAGUUCAUCGCACCCCUUGCAUCUCUUGUAUCUGGUAUCAUCGGAAUUGUUUCCGGUGCAAAAGUUGACAACACAAUGCAGACAUUUAUACAGCAAGUUGUACGUGAAGAAUCAGAUAACGAGCUCGAGAGUCAAGCAAUGGCCAGCAAACAAGAACUCACUACAGCUUUUAACUACCUUAUUUCUAAGCACUCCCAAACGCUAGACCAAGCUGAUGUUACAAGACUUGUUUCUCAGGUUCCAAUAACCACAGGUGUGGGAAUUUUGGCUUUGUUAGAAUCCCGCAUAGCAUCUCGAUCACUUACAGCAACAUCGUAUGAAGCAGCCAAGAGGCCCUACAGUUUUUGCAGUUUGUAUGCGCAAAUAGCCACAAUACGUGACAUGGUGAUUGAUGACCUGAUCUUUCUUCUAAGAAAGGCUGGCGAUGAUGAUGAAGCGAAAAGCUAUAAUACUGUGAAAUCUUCAUUCCUGAAUAAUUACAAGACUGCAUUGAAAUUCCUUCAUGCACCAAAGAUUGAGCAAACUACCACUGUUUCUCACUACUAUCCACCAGGGCACGAUGCCAAAAGCAAGUACUUGCGGGACUUCAUGAAACUGGCAGGUAUCCCUGAUAUGGCCAGUUGGACUGGAUCCAAAUACAUUCUGCUCUCGGUAAGAUGGCCAAAAUAUCACAUAAAAAUGUUAGCAUCGAAAUAUCUCUAUUUUUCCUACGGCACAGUUCCUGACUAUAAUCAAAUCCUGUUCAUUCGACGUUCUGAUGGCUUCUAUCAACUAAAGAGGGGAACUGCCUGGUUCACAAUCGAUCCAAACUACCCCGAUUACGUCAAAUCCACUGACAAAGAGCCAGUCAACGAUCCAAAUGGUCAUUUUGUAGUCGUGAGGUACCCACCAACGUCUACUGGAGGAAAGGAUAUAGUGGUUGUUAUGAGCAGAAAGUAUCGUGGGAAAUACAUAGCAGGCCAGUCCGGAAGCAGCUAUGUGAAGCUUCUAGGACAGGACUUUGGGAGGGAAAUGCAGUUCUUUUACAAGAAAUGCAACAGAAUCUUCAACCAUGGUACUGGAACCUGGUUUUGUGACAAACUUCCAUGAUCAAAAUAUUAUAACUAUGUAAUAACGCAGUGAUGUAAAAUCAUAAGCAAAGAACACAAAUGAUUCA